AUGAUCAAGACUACCACUACCACUGCCACGACGACAGAAGACUCUCAGUAUUCCGACUAUGAGUACGAGUACGAGGAGGACAUUUACAAGAAAGUGUACAAUAUUUCCACAGCGCUCAAUCUCUACCUGGAAAUCUUUACCGUGUUGGUGAACGUGUUCCAUUUCAUAGUCUUAACACGGAAGGAUCUUCGCUCCAUUGCGAUUUACAUUAUAAUGAUCGGAAUUUGCGUUUGUGACGUCAUCAACUUUCUAUUCGAUUUCUAUAACGCCGCCGUCGAGAUCAUGUGGCUGCCCAACUUUUUUCCCAAUUCCAUGGAGAUGUGUCUGAGAAUGGACUACGGGAGGUGAAUCCGUACACUCAGGCAAUCUACACGCUCGGCGACAUCACCAAAAGAGUCUCCGUUUGGCUCGCCAUUCUGAUGGCUCUCAUUCGCACGCUAUCCGUUCUUUUUCCCAUGAACAACUGGAUCUCGCGGGUCACAAAGCCAAAGUCGGCGAUUCUGACGGUCCUGGGCGUUGUGCUCUUCUGGUUCGUCUACUCCACGUGGCAUUUUACCACGUUUAGAGUCUUCUGGCUCCCGGACAAUUUGAGUCAGUUGUGAGUACUUUUCUGUAGAGGGAUGAGCUGAAAUCAUAGGUUUUCAGUUGUCAGAACCGUCCCAAAAACGAAACCGAACCUCGGUACGUUCUCGCUGCUCCCGCCGAUUUGGCCAAUCUUCUCAGUGAUCUGGGAUUCAUGGAGGGCGUCAUAAAAGUGUUGCCUGCCACUUUGUACCCGAUUCUCACAAUUUUUCUGUUGAUCGAGUUGCGGACAAUCAAGAAAAGAAGGCAGAAUAUCAAGAAGGGCGAGAGUGACAAAUCGGACAACACGACCAAAUUGAUACUCUUCAUGACCGUCACUUUCAUGCUAUCCGAGGGCCUCGCCGGUGCUCAAGACUUUUUAAUGUACAAUUUCGAGAGAAUUUCCGCGUGGAAUGAGGAUCUUUCGUGAGUUUUUUCAGUUUAAAUAAAUUUUCGACAACUAAACUCGAUUCAGCUACGCUCUAAUGACCGCCCAAUAUCCGAUCACCAAUCUGAGGAGCAUCAACGCGGCCUCGCACGCAUUCGUCUGUUUCCUCAUGUCUUCACAAUAUCGGGACACCGUCAAAGGGAUGUUCUGCGAGAGUGUUUGCUGUAAAGUGAAGAGAAAAGUGAGGGAUACUGUAGUGUCUGUGUGGCAUUUCAAAACAAUGAUUUACAGGUUCUCAAAGUGGAAGAAACACGCUCAACUAGUAUGAAUAGUAAGACAAAAUCGUCGUUUUGA